UUCCAGAGCAAACAAUAUGCGACUUUGCUGAAAUUGUACUGACUACGCCAACAAAUGAAACUUUCAAUAUUUUCAACAAAAACUACCGUAUCGUAAUGAGUCAAAAAUCAGUGCAAUUAAAUCACGCUAAUGAAAAACGGAGUGACCGGAGUGCAAGCGCGAUUGGACGAAGGUUGUAUUAUCCUCGACCACAACUUCAAACUUCUGCACUUGUUUAUUGUGCAUUACAGGUAAUGUUUAUAUCAUUCUUGUUCAGUUACAAUGGUAUUAGUGCUGGCGAUGUUUUGUUUCCCAUUUUAUCGUGGAUAUCAGAACACUCUCAAAAGCUUCCAUUGGUUCAAAGUAUCAAUGAAUUAGUCCGUCGAUUGUUGGAUAAUCUACUUUCUUUGAUUAGCCAUGAAAAUCCUAAAACUUCGACAUCUCCAACCAAAGGAAGUCGUGUAAAACAAAAAGUGAAUACGAACAGUGUUGUAUUUAUGAAAAAAGUUGAUGCUAGCCUACCCGUCUUGACGAAGGAACAGUUAUCUUUCUUCGAUGGAACGCGCCCGUCCAAGGGAACAUAUCUCUCCAUACUGGGUCGUAUAUACGAUGUGCAAAAAGGUGUCAAGCAUUAUGGUCCCGGUGGUUCAUAUCAUUUCUUUGCAGGUCGUGAUGCAACGCGUGCGUUUGUCAGUGGCGAUUUUACCGAAAAAGGUCUGGUAGAUGAUGUUGAAGGUUUUAGUGAUCAGGAUCUGUUGGGUAUCUUUGACUGGAUCAAGUUCUAUGAGAAAGAUUAUGAUCUCGCCGGUUAUCUUCAGGGGACAUACUAUGAUGCUUCUGGAAAACCAACUUCGCGUUUAGAAGAAGUAAUCAAACUGAUAGAAAAUGCACUUCACUGGAAAGAUAUGCAAGCGGAAGAAACAAAAAUUUUCCCACCUUGUAAUUCUGAGUGGCAAAAAGAUAUCGGUGGGCGAGUGUGGUGUUCAAAGAAAAGUGGUGGAAUCGAAAGAGAUUGGGUUGGAGUGCCAAGAAAAAUGUUUGAUGCGAGAUCGAAAUCUUAUCGGUGUGCAUGUGUGAAAAACUUUGGUGCUCCUCUUUCGAGGUUUUCUGGGAUGAAUGAAAAUGGUGGACAUGGAGACUUAGGAAAUCCCAGUCUGAAGGAAUAUGAAGGUUGCAAACCGACAUCGACUACUUGUAAUGAUAAUUCUUAGCACUACACGAGAUUUGCAUUAGUAAAGAUAGCUUGUAGGGUAGUGUACUGUUUAUGAUUGUUCCCCGUGAUCCAUUUCAGCUUUAUUUUUAUCAGUCGGUCUCAUCAUUAGUUUAAAACAGAGGCAACCCAUGAAUAGGUCUACCAAUGGAUCGAUCUGAGUAAAUUGUUACACAUUUGGCAUGUU